AUGACGGCAAAAUGAGCAACACAGAGCUGGCUGAAGCACUGAAGGAGUUGGAUUUGACACUCAAGCCAGAACUGCUUAAUGCGAUCAUAGAGCAUUACGACAGGCCUCCCAAAAACGGGUUUCUGGAGCUGGCUGAGUUCAUGACCCUGUCGUCCCUGGUUACUGACCUGAAGGCCAUCGAAGCUUCUAAAAGGGAAGAAGUUCUUCAGCAUUUUAUUGACCUUGACAUGGAUAAAGAUGGCUACAUCGACGAUGACGACUUGAAAAAAGCUCUGGAGUCGGUGGGCAUGGAGAGUGAAGACGCCACUGCCCUGGCCGCGGUCACCUCUACCAUUGCCGACAUUAACAGCGAUGGCAAGAUCACUAUCGUCGAGUUAGCUAGGUACUUAGAAAUGUAGAUACGCUAUAGAAAGCAACAGAUUGGAGAAGUGUGAUAAAUAAUCAUUAUCUCACAGUUUUUAAAAUAAUUCUAGCCAACUGUUUGCUUUGUUGACGAUGAUCGUAUAAAAUGCUUUGUUGACGACGAUGGUAUAAAAUGCUGAUAUAGAUAUUUUUACCUUUUAAGUGUGUGCAUUACCACGGCAUAAUGACAAUACAUUACAAAGGAAACAUUAAUGGAUAAUACACUAUAAAGAUCACAUACUGAUACGAGUAAAGCACUGCAAAGACGUCACAACUCGUCAAAGGCCUUGGACG